ACUUUCACUUUGUCUGGCGGUUUUUGGAGCACUCCGCUUCUUGAGGAAAAAGUUGUCGAGGAAGUUGUAGUUCCAUUGAUACAGUUAUGCUGCAGUAAUACCCGUACACGCACGCAAUCACGGCAGCAACUAACACCCAAAAUCAGCAGCAAUGGCCGCCGUACGGAGUCGCCACAAUGGAGCACCUACAGUGGAGACGGAGACGGAUAACCAGAUAGCCAAAAGCCACAAUAAUAACAAUAAGCUAGAAAAGUCACCAUCCAAGAACGGAAACCCGGAGAAAAGUGACCCCAUGAUAUACAUAAUCUUCGUAUCAUUACUUUUCGAUUUGCUGGCCUUCACCAUUAUUUUGCCGCUACUGCCGUCGCUCUUGGAGUAUUACCGCCAGAAUGAUAGUUCCGGGCUUUAUGCCGUUCUCACGGAUCGGGUGCGUUGGUUCCAGCAGCUCCUCGGUGCUCCGGAGCGUUAUAUAUCGGUGCUAUUUGGAGGCUUCCUCGGCUCUAUGUUCAGCUUCCUGCAGUUCGUGGCAAGUCCAAUUGUCGGAGGGCUUUCGGAUUAUUAUGGCCGGAAACCUGUCCUACUGGUUUGUGCGUCCGGCAUUGCGCUAUCCUAUCUGAUCUGGGCCUGCUCCAGCAACUUUGCCCUGUUCGUUUUAGCCCGCUUUGUGGGAGGCAUCAGCAAGGGCAACAUAUCGCUGUGCAUGUCCGUAAUCACGGAUGUAUCCAGUGUCAAGACCCGCGGACGAGGCAUGGCCUUGGUGGGCGUGGCCUUCUCGCUGGGAUUUAUUGUGGGUCCCAUGAUUGGAGCUCUGUUCGCCAUAUUCUCGGAUAAAAGUGGAGGCGCCUGGUUUGUGCUGCCCUCUCUGCUGGCUUUUGGUCUGGCGAUCGGUGAUCUUCUGGUGCUAGGCUGUUGCCUACGCGAAACUUUGCCCAAGGAAAAGCGAGUUAAGGAGAUCUCCUCUGCGCUGUCAUAUGGCCUACAGUUGCUCAACUUUUCUGCCAUAUUUAGAUUUGCUGCUAUUAAAAAUGUUCCCAAGAAAGAUGUCGAGGCAUUGCGAUCCAUAGGCCUGAUAUACUUCUUGUACCUCUUUUUGUAUUCCGGUCUGGAGUUCACCGUCACCUUUUUGAUGUACCAUAAAUUUGGUUACACUUCGAUGGAUCAGGCCAAGAUGUUUUUGACGACUGGAGUCAUAAUGACUUUGCUGCAGGGUUCAGUGGUUCGUCGACUGCCCGAGGCCAAGAUCAAGGGUUAUGCCAUCUUUAGUCUGUACCUGAUUGUGCCGGCCUUCGUAUUAGUUGGCCUAGCUGAGGGCAGUCGUCUGCUCUACGCCGGCAUGACCCUAUUUGCAAUCUCCACCGCCUUCGCGGUCACCUGCCUGACCACACUCGUAUCCAAGUAUGGCAACGAUGAUCAGAAAGGUUCAGUAUUGGGCAUAUUCCGCUCCCUGGGAGCUCUGGCUCGUGCUCUUGGUCCCGUUGUGGGCUGCAUUGCCUUUUGGUGCGUGGGCUCAAGGAUCACCUAUAUAGCCGGCGGGCUCCUACUCAUUUAUCCAGCCAUGGCCUUACAGCGCGCCCGCAUUUAAGUGCAAUAAGAACAAAGUAUAUUAAUAACAUUAGAGAUCAACGCAAGUAUUACCUGCACAUUAUACUUAAUUUAUUGUUUUAUACAAGUAUUUUAUAUUAAAAGCAAAACACAAUUUUAUUUUUUAUACUCAAAGUAAAA